GGACACGAUGCGUUUACUUUACGCACAAUAAAACUCUUGUCAGAAACUCUUGCGUACAGAUUCGUUCAAUCCCGCUGUUUGUACGCGCGUGAACGCCCCCUACGGGAAUAUUUAGUCGCGUCGCAUUCGUGGUUUUACACCUGGCAGCUGGCGUUGUUAAAAUGUCAUUUGUCCCUAAAUGAAGACACGCAGAGACGACAUGAACACUCGAGUGUUUGGUGUGGAUGUUAAAGCUCCACCUCUGAGUGAGCGCGAGCUUGGGGCGGGCUCGAGACGCGUCUACCUGAUUCAGCCCCGUUAUUUAAAACCCUGGAGAGAAACGCGCAGGAAGGAUCACUGUGAGUUAAACUGCAACCGAGUAGAUAGUAAAGAGAUCAUUUCUUUGACAAGUGACGGAGGGACUUUUGUAUUAUUACAGGAGAAAGUGCAGUAACUUAACAUUUGAUGGGACAAACAGAAGUUUACAGCUGUAUUCUGUCAGAAGAGACUCACGCUGAGGAAUUGAUGGAUAUUUUGAAAAUUGAAAAACUCCCUGGACGACAGUCGAAUUUAUUUUGUACUGGAUAAUACACAUAUUACAGGUCCUAUGGCGUGAAGCAAAGGAGAAGAAGACAUAACAUUUGGUUUCCAAGUGAUUUGAUAUCAACAGCACAGAAGAGACUGGAUGUAAAGAUGAAGAGUAUCUGGUUUGCUCUGAUAGGCUUCUUAUGGAGCUCUUAUGUGUCAGCUAGCACUUCUGUAUUGGAUGUCUCUGAGCUUCAGCCAAACUUCAUCCAUCGGAGAUUACGGACUCAGGAGAAAAGAGAGAUGCAGAAAGAGAUUCUGUCCAUACUCGGACUAAACCACAGACCCAGACCCCAUUUGAACAGCGGGAAAUAUAAUUCAGCACCUCUCUUCAUGCUGGAUCUGUACAACACUUUAUCUACUGAAGAAAAAAGUGACGUGGAUCAGUACAGAUCUUUAUUCACCACAACUACCACCACCACACGACCUGCUUUAGCUUCAAUACAAGACACUGACUUCUUACACGACGCCGACAUGGUCAUGAGUUUUGUCAAUUUAGUGGAGUUUGACAGGGAGUUGUCUCCACAGAGAAGACACCAUAAAGAGUUUAAAUUCAACCUGUCCCAGAUCCCAGAGGGUGAAGCCAUCACUGCUGCUGAAUUCAGGAUCUACAAGGAAUGUGUGACCAGAGCUUUCCGCAAUGAAACGUUCCUGCUUACUGUGUUCCAAGUGAUUGAAGAACACCCAGACAGGGAUGCUGAAUUGUUUCUGCUGGAGUCUCGCAGGUUGUGGGCAGCUGAAGAAGGUUGGCUGGAGUUUGACAUCACCGUCACUAGUAAUCUCUGGGUGAUGAGGCCGUAUCAUAAUCUGGGUCUACAGAUCAGCGUUGAGACCAGCAGCGGGUGGAGUAUCAGUCCGAAAGACGCAGGGUUAGUAGGUCGUGAUGGUGCUCUAGAGAAGCAGCCUUUCAUGGUGGCCUUUUUCAAAGUGAGUGAAAUCCGUAUCCGAUCUACCAGAUCCACGGGCAAACGACGUCAACAGAACCGUAAUCGCUCCAGCAGUCCACAUGAGGCAUCAAAGCGAACUGCUUAUACAGAUUAUAACAACAGUGAUCAGAAGACAGCCUGCAGAAAGCAUGAACUGUACGUCAGCUUCAGAGAACUGGGCUGGCAGGACUGGAUUAUUGCUCCUGAGGGAUACGCAGCAAACUACUGUGAUGGAGAAUGCUCUUUCCCUUUAAAUGCCCAUAUGAAUGCUACUAAUCAUGCUAUUGUACAGGCACUGGUCCACCUGAGAAAUCCCGAGAAUGUUCCAAAGCCGUGCUGCGCUCCUACUAAACUCCAUGCCAUUUCUGUGCUGUACUACGAUGACAACUCCAACGUCAUUCUCAAAAAAUACAAGAACAUGGUUGUGCGUGGAUGCGGCUGCCAUUGACACAGGGCUCAUGUGAUGCAGCGGCUGGGCAAUAGAGACACGGCGAAACUGAAACUUGUGUGUGAUGACAAAAACAUUAAGAACUCAACCUUUGAGUCUGUUGUCUUCACAGUGGAUCCAGGUCUGAAGGACCGUGUGUGUGUGUGGACCUGAUAAAUGUGCUGCUUCUCCCCUUAAUUCACACACACAUAUACGGCCAGUUCACAUACGAACACACUACAAACCGCCAAAAGGAUAUACAGCUCUAUCUAUGAACAGAAAAUGAACUCAAUGCCUUCUAAAACCCAAAAGUAAAUUAUGAGCUUGAAAGCAGUCUGUAUUUAAUAUUGUAUUCUACUAACCAAAAAAAUCAUAGUAUGGCCUGAAAUGUUUUUUUCACUGAUCCCUAGAUUCACUUCAACCCACAGGACUAUAUUUUGGGUCUUGAGAAAAUGAAAUUAUUUUAAGUUUUCCGAUAUUUGCUCUACACUUCCUGUGGUUUACAUCGGUGAGUCAGAAUGAGCGGUUGUACACUUCAACAGAACCCCACGAACAGAAAUGUAAUGCUGGCGUUCCAAGGAUGGAAGCGUUUUUCAUUUUUGAUGCCGUCCGACACCACAGAUCUAUAAUUUCCCUGCAGCACACCUGCACCUCAAAACCUCCAACAAGACAAAUGAGAUCUAUGGAAAAUGAAACGUUGUUUAAGCGACAAACCCAUAUUCUGCACCAGCAGCCUUAUACAGACUCUGUAAUAUUUUCCAGUCAUAUUGUCUAUAUUUGUGACUCUCUUUAACUUUUACUACAUGCAGCUAUACAUUUCUGUCUUUAAAUGAUUUUAAAAGGUACAAGUCUCUGUACUGAACGGGCUCAAGAAAGGUGUAUUUUAUUCAUGGAAAAUAUAGAUUGUGCCCUGUUUCGUAGUCCACACGAUAUGACUUUUGGUCAUAUGCUAACGCUAAUGUUGUUUUGUUUAAUAUAUUUUUUGCCAAAGUGAAUAGAACACUGUAAUAAUACAUUUAAUAUAAUGAACAGAUCCAUCAGUAUGCUUCACAAAAAUAUAUAUAUUUAAUAAUA